AAAAGGACAACUGGCUCCAUUCUAUGGAGAUACUUCGGUUUUAAGGCGUCGGAUGAACAGCAGACAGAUGUCUACUGCCGUGAAUGCCGAAAGUUGGUGCCAACAAAAGCUUCUAGCACCACGAACCUUUUCCACCAUUUACAGACAAGGCACAAGCUUGCAUACGAGGAGUGCACCAGACUAAGGAUCCCGGCCACUAAACCCACUAGCUCUGUUAACACUCCAAACACUACACAGAUAACACUCCACAAAUCUUUAACGCGGAGUGUAGAAUAUGAAAGAAAGAGCGCAAGGUGGUGUAACAUCACAGAGUCCGUGGCAUUUCAUAUAGCGGUGGACAUGGCACCCAUUGCCGUCGUUGAACAACGUGGCUUUGUACGCAUGCUAAAAACACUUGAUUCAAGAUACAGUUUACCUAGUCGGCAUUUUGCGAGACAAGAACUCCCGCGACUGUACACUACGGAGAGAGAGCGGCUUGCUGCUGAAUUGGAGAAUGUUACUGACUAUGCCCUGACUACAGACAUGUGGAGCAGCAGGACAUGCAAGCCUUACAUGUGCGUCACUAUACAUUAUAUUUUGGACUGGAAGAUUAAAAGCGCAUGCCUUCAAACCACUUAUUUCCCACAAGAUCACACGGGUGAAAAUAUUGCAGAGGCCCUCAGAGACGUAACAACAACAUGGAUGUUAAAUCCAAAUGGACCCGUGGCCAUUACCACUGACAAUGGAGGGAAUAUCGUCUGCGCAGUCCAAAACAACAACUGGCAGAGGAUGCAAUGUUUUGGUCACAGACUACAUUUGGCGAUUGGUCAUGGAAUGCAAGACCCUCGUAUCACACGGGCCAUUUCUCUAUGCAAGAAAACUGUGAGCGCAUUCUCCUACAGCUGGAAAAAGCGGAGGGAGCUGGCCGAAGUGCAGGCACAGAUGAAUUUACCAGCUCAUCAGCUCAGUACGGAGUCGACCACACGGUGGGGAUCACGUCUACAAAUGGUGGAACGCAUCCUUGAGCAGGAAAGGGCAGAUCCUGUGCCCCCCAUUGCUAAAAAGAAAAAAACACUAGCCAGCUUCUUUGUCCAAGAUGCAACCCCUUACUCUUCUUCAUUCACACCUCGCGAGUCCAUUGAGAAUGAGUUGUCAAGCUAUUUACAGUCUGUAUGUUUGGAGAGUGAGGCAGAUCCACUACAAUGGUGGCAGGAACAUGAGGUUGCCUAUCCAGCACUGAGCAACCUAGCCUGCCACUAGCAGUCCUUCUGAAAGGAUCUUCAGCUGCAGUGGAAAUAUAGUUACUUGUCAAAGGGCUGCACUUAAGCCUGACACAGUAGACAGAUUGGUAUUCCUUGCUCAAAAUCUUAAAAUGUAAAAGAGUUACACAAACUUGUUUUCUGGCUAUUUGUUGAUGGCUACAACAGAGUUAAUGCAAAGAUGAGCUUGAGUUGUUUCAUUUUUGAAUAAAAAGGCAAUAUGUAUUUCUUCCUUUAUUUUACAGUUAAAUAAUAAGAAGCUCUUUGUUCUUACGUGAACUGCCUACCUCUUUGCACGUUAAUAAAAAAAAAAGACUGUGGUAUUUGGCAUAUUUGUUUUUGCAGUAGUUUUUGGGGGGUUAUUUUUCCUGUAAAGAUAUCGAGAUAUAUAUAUCGUAUAUCGAGAUAUAGCAAAAUAUAUCGAGAUAUAUUUUUUGCUCCAUAUCGCCCAGCCCUAGCCUGUAUGCAGAGUGGACCCCAUCGUGUGGUCACAAUCAGUAAUCAUUAUGAAAAGGUGCAAACUGAAAAUAAUUCAAGAAUAUUAACAACAGACCCCUGCAGUCUAGCUGUGUGUGUUUAAGAGGAGCCGGAUACAAGAAGAAGAGUCAGGCAGCCCUAGUUGUGGAAACAGCAUCCGGCUGGGCACCGUUAAUCAGCAGAACAGAUAAGACUCUGAGUGCUUCAAAGACUGAACUCCUUCACACAUUCUGGUCACACAGUUGCAGUACUGAUCUAGCAAAUGGAAGAAAUGGAGACCGUGGCACCCAUUCAGAGUGCAGGGAAUGUGUGGUCUGGGUUAGAGUAUGUGCAUAAUGACUUUGCUUGCAGUGACAAUUUGUAUGAUAAUACUGCACCUUACCAAAGGCCUGAGAGUGUUAUCAACAGAAAACCAAACCAACUGGACUGAGACAACUGCGCCAAACAAUACUAUCCGACAUGUCAAGAGAAGCGCAUUUAUGUUCAUGGAGCCAACGCAUGGCCUGGAAGGAGAAAUCAUCACGAUUCAGGAAGGAACAAAUGUGACUUUCAACUGCAACCCGUUUCAAAAGAACUGUCCGAACUAUGAGGGACGCAGCGAAGAGUAUGCACCUUUCUAUGUCUGCAGAGAUCCAUGCAAGUGGGGCGACGUGAAAGCAUACUACUACGACUACAAGAAGGGAAAGAAAGAAAUGUUGAAAUUUUGCCUGGGGUUUUACCAAAGCACUAUGCAGCAAAUGUGGGGUGGUCAUUGUUCUUAGGGGUGGGUACAACGGUAACAAUUAAUAAGAUAAAUGGGCUAGCAUGGACAUUAUUAGCAAUAGCUAAUAGCACAGAAAAUGCUUUGACAAUGAUAAAUGAUGAAAUGAAUCAGUUAAGAGAUGUGGUCAUUCAAAACAGGUUGGUUCUUGAUAUGUUAACUGCAGAGAAAGGGGGAGUUUGCAAAAUGUUGGGAAUGUCUUGUUGUUUCAAUAUUCCAGAUUACAGUGACAACAUCACGAAUGUAAUUGAACACAUGAGAAAAGCCGUACAGGAACCAGAACAUGUUGAGAGUACAUGGGUUACUUUGUUUAUGAAUCUCUGGGGAGGAUGGGGGUAUUGGCUGAUUCAAACUGUGUUACCAAUUGCGGUGAUAGGACUGUUGAUAUUGUUAUGUUUACCAUGCAUUAUAACAUGUGUUUCCAGCUCAGUACAGAGACUGGUUAAAGCAGGGGUGUCUGUUCAAAUGGUAAAAACGACAGCAUAUCCAGAGGAUGAUGAAAACAAAUAUGAUGAUACAAGUAGCGAGAGCUUCUGUGAAAUGUGUUAAAAUGGGGUAUGUCUUCACUUUCUGAAAAUGUUUUGAUAUGUAAAGAGGGGUAUAAGCAGCUGUCAUCCGUGUUACGAGAUGAAGUACAAGGAGAGGGUUUGAAAUGAGGGAUUUUAUUCUACUUUUAUUCUUUGUAUUUUUAUAGCCUGCUGACAUAACCAAAAUGUUAAAUUGAUAUGUUUUUCCUACUUAAUCUGUACACUAUUUAUUGUUUAUACUGAGGUGACUGAGGGUCUGAUUUUAUGUCAGAAGUGCAGUAACUGUGUUUACUCAUUUAGCCCAGCUUCAGAUAAAGUCGUUACUUGCUUGCUAAUACUUAAGGGACUAUCCCAAAAAAAAAAAAAAAAACCUAAGCUUUUUUACUUUUUCCAAAUGUUAUUUCACAAAUGGUUAAGAGAGUGAUCAUUUAUGCGAAAAUCAGAGAUGAAGAGUGUAAGUGUGAUUAUAUGACUUAAAAUUUGUCUUAUUGUUUAUUAUUGUGAUUGAGUAAUCUGAAUGAUAAAAAGCGGGGAAUUGUUGUAGAAAUUUUGAUACUCAUUGAUCAGUAAUAGUCAUUGCAAGGGAAUGCCCCUGUGUCUGAGGAAUGCAGAGGGGGGAGGAUCUGCUUCUGUCAGAGACCUUGGAUAAAAGAGGUAUAAAAUACGAGUCAGCCCUCCCCUCUGGGUCCCACUCACAGUACAGAUUAACUCCUGUGUAAUGACCGGGUCCUUCUUGCAAGA